AUGCACGCUUUCGUGACUGUCGGGACGACCAAGUUCGAUGCGCUGAUCGUGGCGCUUGACACGGACGCGUGUCUGUCCGCGCUAGUGGCGCGCGGUUUCACGUCUCUGCGGAUGCAGAUCGGACACGGCGAGCACCAGCCGCGCGCGACGUUUCCAGGACUAACACUGAGCUUCUAUCGACAUGACCCGCAGUACAAGCGCGACGUAUCUGAGGCCGACCUGAUCAUCAGUCACGCUGGCGCCGGCUCCAUCAUGGACGGUCUGGCACUCAAGAAAAUGCUCGUGGUAGUCGUCAACACGGCGCUAAUGGAUAACCACCAGGCGGAGCUGGCCGAGGCAAUGGCCGACCAAAAGUUUUGCCUCGCGACAACAGUACAGGGACUGCAUAGCGUGCUCGAGACUGGUGACUGGAAUAGCCUGCAGCCGUACCCUCCGUUGGACGAGCAGGCCUUCCCUGACUUGGUAGACGCCGUGAUGGGGGUGGCCGAAGCGUCCAAGGAACAGUAG